AAGUGUAUCUCAAACAGAAACUGGGCCGUGUCGGUCUUGUUGUUUUCUCUCCGCCUCUCCCUCUUUUUCUCCCUCGCUCUCCGUUUCACACUCGCACAAGAAGCGGAGCUGAAGGAGGAGACGCGCCGCUUCGAUAGUUUGUCACUGUCGUAAACAAAAUGGGUUCGAAUCGCUCGUUUCUGCCGAUUUUAUCGCGUUGUCUCCUAAUCUGCGUCACUUUGUGGAGCGAGCCGAGCAGCGGGCUGUCAUCCAAAUCCCCCCGGAGACCGAACAUCGUUUUGAUCCUCACCGAUGACCUGGACAUCGCGCUCGGGGGACUGACUCCACUCCCCAAGACGAGGAAGCUUAUCGGCGAUGCGGGGAUGUCGUUCUCCAACGCAUUCGUCGCCAGCCCGCUGUGCUGCCCGAGUCGGGCCAGCAUCCUGACGGGGAAAUACCCGCACAACCACCACGUCAUCAACAACACGCUGGAGGGGAACUGCAGCAGCAAAGCCUGGCAGAAGAGCGAGGAGGCCGGCACCUUCCCCGCCCUGCUGAGGACGCGCGCCGGCUACCAGACCUUCUUCGCUGGGAAAUACCUCAACCAGUACGGCCGCUCGGAGGCGGGUGGAGUGGAGCACGUUCCUCCAGGCUGGAGCUACUGGGUCGGACUGGAGAAGAACUCUAAAUACUACAACUACACUCUGUCAGUGAACGGAAAGGCCGAGAAUCAUGGAGCGGACUACGGCAAAGACUACCUGACCGACGUCCUGGCCAACAGGUCUCUGGACUUCCUCCAGUAUAAAUCCAACUACAUGCCGUUCUUCAUGAUGGUGUCCAUCCCGGCCCCCCACUCCCCCUGGACCGCGGCGCCUCAGUACCAGAACAGCUUCAACACCACCAAGGCUCCCCGAGACCCCAACUUCAACGUCCACGGGAAGGACAAACACUGGUUGAUCCGACAGGCCAAGACCCCGAUGAGCAACUCCUCCGUUCAGUUCCUGGACGACGCCUUCAGGAAGCGGUGGAGAACCCUGCUGUCGGUGGACGACCUGGUGGAGAAGAUAGUGAAGAGUUUAGAGGUCAGAGGGGAACUGGACAACACGUACGUUUUCUUCACAUCGGACAACGGCUACCACACAGGUCAGUUCUCUCUUCCUCUGGAUAAGAGGCAGCUGUACGAGUUUGACAUCAGAGUUCCUCUCAUGGUCAGAGGACCGAACAUCAAGCCCAACCAGACCAGCCGGAUGCUGGUGGCGAACGUCGACCUCGGUCCGACCAUCCUGGACAUCGCCGGCCACGACGUCAACAAGACAAAUAUGGACGGCAUGUCCUUCCUGCCCGUCAUGGAGGGGAAGGUGAACAGCAGCAGCUGGAGGACAGACAUCCUGGUGGAGUACGAAGGGGAAGGAAGCCCCGUGUCCGACCCGGCUUGUCCCCUGCUGGGACCCGGCGUCUCGGAGUGUUUCCCGGACUGCGUGUGCGAGGACUCGUACAACAACACGUACGCCUGCGUGCGGACCGUCGCCCUCUCGACCGACCUGCAGUACUGCGAGUUCGACGACAACGAGGUGUUCGUGGAAGUCUACAACGUGACAGCUGACCCCUACCAGCUGACCAACAUCGCCAAGACCAUCGACCAGGAGGUGCUGGAGAAGAUGAACCACCGGCUGAUGAUGCUGCAGUCCUGCUCCGGCCAGACGUGCCGGACGCCCGGCGUGUACGAUACGAGGUAUAAAUUUGACCCUCGACAGAUGUUCCCGAGCAACAGCUGGCCGCCCAGCCGACUCCGACAGAAGAAGUAAGAUGAGGAGGAGGAGGAGGAAGAGGAGGGCUGUGUCCUAUUUCUUGUAUUCGGGCCUUUCGUGCUGCUGUUGCCGUGUUUCUGGGCCUCACAAGCCUCUCUGGAGGAGCAGAAGGGGCCCACGUGGCACCGGGGCCCCUCUGGGUGCAGGACCCACCUUUUAUAGCUUCUGGAUCAACGUGUCAACGAUCCAAACUGUGGGAGCUUGUCUUAUUUUCUCUAAUUGUCACUCAUAUGGUCGUCAAGAAUUUCAAUCUUAAUCACAGAGAAAACUGCAGCAAAUCCCACGAAGCAUCCAAACGUUUAUUUACAUGAUCAAUCAAGCAGUGCUCCUUUAAAGGUAUCACUACGUGUAAAUAUCACGUUCCCUGACAUUUCUGAUCAUUAGUACAAGAUUUCAAAUUACGAAACAAUGAAAACGUGCUUGUUUUUCUUUAAUUAGUUUUCUUAAUUAAUCCUCAACUAUCGAUCCCAAUAAACAGCUGAUCAGCAAUAACAUGUUAAUGGUAAAUAGUUUUUAAAAUAGUAAUCCUCUGAAUUUGAUGCAAACAUGUUCUAUUUUCAGACCUUUUUCUUGUUGAGUGGAGCUUUUACACAGCGAGAUGUUCGCUGCUCUUCUCGUGUUUAAAAGCCUUAUUUGGACCUUGUUUGAAGAACGUUCGCUGGAAGAAGCUUAAAUGGGUUUUUACGGCCUGUUUACUGUGACAGAGUCACUGAGACGGAAAAUAAAAAGCUCGAAAAACUGCUGCUGAUUUAACAAGUGGAGCCUUAAUGAGAAUUACAAGAGCCACAAAAACGAACCAAAUGUUCUUGAGUCAAAACAGUUUAAAGUUAGACUUCGAAAUGAAUUCCAUUAUGUCAUAACUGUCUCCUUUUAAUAAGGGCAGAAAUGCGAUUUUCUUUGUUGGAGGAGAUUUGAACUUAAAAUCAAGUAUUUUGCUCCGUUUUGCAGCUUCCUGAGAAGCUGAAACGCUGCUUCAGUGCAGAGAUGAUCCUCCUGAUGGGAAAGAGGAAGAAGCAAUUCUAGAAAAAUAGAAGAUAUAUUUAGCCAAAAUGUCCUUUCUCACAUUAUCAGGGUUCCACUCAGAAGUUUUGGAGUCACUUCUUUUCAUCAAGAAUUUUCAUUUCACUUUAAAUUAUAUGCAGGAACUUUUAAUGGGCAAAUAGAAAUGAAACAUUUAUAUUUGAUAUCUUUUGAAUGUGACCUAAAGGGAAAUGAAAGGAAACGUGUAUUUUUGACAGAAGUAAUAUUUCUUCACAGAUAGUUAUUUUUAAUUUCAAAAGAUCAACGUAUUUCUAAUUUCAGAUAAAAUCUGUGCAGAUUAUUAACAUCCAGACACUUUUGAAGAAAAAUGAGAUCCAGAAAGUCUCAAGCCGUCGAAAAAGAAAAAGUCUGAUUAUUUCCUCAAACUGAAUCAACAGUUCUACCUUUUUAUUUCCAGCAGUACGUCUUGUUUUAUUCUUGGACUAAUAUUUCCAUCCAGCUUCUUUCUUCCUCUGCAGUGUUUCUGAUUCACAUCUGAACUGAAUUAAUGUGAAACUCGGGUUUCAAGUCACUGAUGCACUUUUUCAACCUGUCAGAACUGUUUCAUUUAGGAGCCUUUUGUUUUUAGAAUAGUUGUGUGAUUGUGUAUUUCUGGCUUGUGUUUUCUGUCCGAAUAAAGAAAUGAUUGAAAAUAAAAA